GUUAGCCUCACAGCCGGAGUGUGUAAUGGCGGCCUCGGUGUUGCUGGGUUCUGCGGACACCGGACUCAACUUCGGAAGCGGCGGCGGGGGAGCUGUGCUCGCGGGGAACACGAACGGGCUCGCCCCGGCGGGCCCGGCGCCCUGGAACCGGUCGGUGGACCGGGCGCUGGACGAGGCGGCGGCCACCGGGAGCCUGAACCUCAGCGGCAGGAAGCUGAAGGAGUUCCCCCGGAGCGCCUCCAACCACGACCUGACGGACAUCACCAGAGCCGAUUUGUCCCGGAACCGCCUGUCGGAGCUCCCUCUGGAGGUGUGUGUCUUUGUGUCUGUGGAGAGUCUGAACCUCUAUCAGAACUGUUUGAGGUCUCUGCCCGACGCUCUGAUCAACCUGCAGACCCUCACCUACCUCAACCUCAGUCGGAACCAGCUCUCGGUGCUUCCAGCUGUUCUCUGCAGUCUCCCUCUGAAGGUUCUGAUCGCCUGUAACAACAAACUCAUGUCUCUCCCAGAAAACCUGGGCCAGCUGAGGCACCUCACCGAGCUGGACGUCAGCUGCAAUGAGAUCCAGAAUUUACCUUCCCAGGUCGGCCAGCUGGAGGCUCUGAGAGACCUGAACAUCAGGAGGAACCACCUGCUGCACCUGCCAGCAGAGCUGGCUGAGCUGCCUCUGGUGCGUCUGGACUUCUCCUGUAACAGAGUCACCUCCAUCCCGGUGUGUUACCGCCGUCUGACUCAGCUGCAGACCAUGACGCUGGACAACAACCCACUGCAGAGCCCACCUGCACAGAUCUGCAUUAAAGGUAAAGUCCACAUCUUCAAGUACCUGAACCUGCAGGCCAUGAAGGGCUCAGCAGAGCCCCCCGAGUAUGAGAGACCCCCCCCCAGCUUCAGCUCCUGCGCUGACGAUCUUUACCCUGGACGCCUGUACGGAGCGCUGGACUCCGGCUUCAACAGCGUGGACAGUGGAGACAAACGGUGGCUGGGGAACGAGACUUCAGAGGAGCCGUCAGAUCGAACGUCUGAAGUCGGCAGACAGCGAGCAGCAGGAGCAGCAGGAGGACCGGCGCUGGCCAACGGCACAUGUCCAGAGCUGGAGCAGAUGGACUUCGUGGACAGCUGUGCGGGCGAGGAAGAGGAGGAGGGGAGACGAGGAGGACCGGGAGGACCGGGGGGAGACAGCCUGAGCUCUCAGUUCAUGGCCUACAUCGAGAGACGGAUCACCAGAGAGGGCUCGCCGGUGAAGAUCCGUCCGUCCAGGACCGAAGACGGCAGGAGACAAAGCAGGACUGUGGUGGACGGCGGCACAGCGCCCCCUGGCCCCCACGCUCAGAGAGGCGGCGUGGAGAGGAUGAGGAGGGAGGCGCAGCUCGCCGCUCUGCGCUACGACGAGGAGAGACAGAAGACCAAACCCCUGCAGAGAGACUCCUCCUACUCCAAGAAUCGAGCAGCUCAGAGUCCGACGAAGUCCAGUCCUGAAGCUGAGAUUUGCCCCUCCAGACGCUCCACCCACACAGAUGACUCCGCCCUCUUCAUGCAGGGAGAAGACCGGGGCAGCCUGUCGCCAACAGCCAAUCAGUCGCCCACGUGCCCCGGCUCAGGGGGCGUGGCCUCCUGCCGGGGCGCCAGCCUGAGGCCGGAGAGCUUCCUGUACCGCCUGGGCCAGAGGGAGGAGCAGCGGCGAGGGGAGCGGGCGCCGGCGCCGGCGCCGGCCUCCAGCUGUGCUCCAGCUGAUGAGCACAGCCAGGAGGAAGCUGCUGCUCCUCCGCUGCUCGGAGAGGAGGCUCAACAGGUGGAGCAGCUCCGGAAGAACAUCGAGGCGCGCCUGAAGGUGUCGCUGCCGAGCGACCUGGGAGCGGCUCUGACCGACGGCGUGGUGCUGUGCCACCUGGCCAAUCACGUGAGGCCGCGGUCCGUCCCCAGCAUCCACGUCCCGUCCCCCGCCGUGCCCAAACUCACCAUGGCCAAGUGUCGGCGCAACGUGGAGAACUUCCUGGAGGCGUGUCGCAAGAUGGGCGUGCCGCAGACUCAGCUGUGUCUUCCUCUCCACAUCCUGGAGGAGCGGGGUCUCCCUCAGGUCGCCGUCACCGUCGCCGCUCUGCUGGACCUGGCGCCGCGCCGACAGGCGGUCGCCAUGGCGACCGGCCCCUCCCCCCCUGCGUCCGGACCCUCCGUCACCAUCUGACCGGCGGCCAGUCGCAGCUGUGUGACGUCAUCGCGUCGCCAUGGUUACCGCCGUUGAUCACGUUUGUCCUGUAAAGAAAAGAAAGUCGGACUUUAGACUUUGAAGGAUUUGACUUUUAAAAAGUCCAAAUGUAAAUUUUAAAAACUGAAACUAUGACACGAAAGUUUUGAUUUUAAACAAAUCGUAAAACGAAAGAAAAGUUUUUUUUUCCCCCCGAAGAGCAAAUUAUUUAAGGUCGCGAUACUUUAAUAAAUGUUCCCAAGUUUUAUUGAUUGAAAGUAAAGUUUUAGUUUUUCUUGUAUUUUCCAAACUGUAUUUUAAAAGUGUUGACAGACGGGCUGUCCUGUCGGAGGCCUCGGGUGGAUCUGAUGGGUCUGAUGGAGACAGGAACGCCGGCGCCAGGUUCAGUCCUGCUGAACCACAAAGGGGGCUUCGCUUUAAAGAAGCAGUCCUCCUUUAAUUUAUUAACGAACUCAAAAUAUAGAGUCUUCCGUCGCUGACUGAAAUUAACCCGGGUUUAACCUUUUUUUUCUUUUUUACUUCUUCACAGGCGACUUGUUACACGCUAACGUUUGUAGACACUGCCUCUCAGAUGUUCAGCUCACUGAUGCUGACAUGACUAACACUAUCAAGUAAGACUCUAAAGGAUUAUCGAUCCCAUCAUCUGGGAUGAGCGAGCGUCACUCGAACUCGCGUAUUUAAGAAACUUUAAGCAAAGUUAACUACAGGUCAGAAUAAAUGCCGUGUGUCAUGAAAUGUCGCGAUUAAAGUCUGUAAAGACUCGACUGUUACUAGACGAGGUACGAGCUGUAACUCUGAUUAGUUUCCACUUCGCAGCGGAAGCGGCCGCAGCGUCGGGGGUUUUCCGUUGACAUUAAUUUUUACUUGAGGGCUUUUUUUUUUUUUCUUUUUUUUUGUGUAAUCGCGAGUUUUCUCCGUGGCCGAUGUGCCUGAGCCGUGGUUGGUGUAAACGUUGAUACUAACACUGCUACCUCAGUGGGUUCUGAAGCUAAUGUAGCGUCAGCGCUAACCUGGACAGGUGUUGCCAGUGUCUCUCUCAGAUCCAAUCAGAGUCUGGUUCUGUGAAAAAGGGGGCGGGCCCGGUGGGGGGGGAUGACGUCAUGUAGCUGUGCUCUGAUUGGUUCAGGCCAACACGUGUAUAAAUGUUAUUCUGUAAAUAUUUACAAAACAGAGAUUUAUUCUUCUUAACUUUUCUUAAGAGGAGCUAUGUAUUUUCCCGUCCUGUUUCCCGAACGACCAUCUGAACCGGAUUGAAGAGUGUUGUAAAAAUGGUGAAAACAAGUUUCUCUCCCCUUUUCAUUUGUUUCCUGUUAGAAAUGCUGUGAUCAGAACGACACCGCCUUGUGUGUAAUUUAAGAUUUCUGGAGGGUUUUGUGUUUUUGUUGGUGUUUUUUUUUUUUUUUUUAAUGUUUGCUGUAUUUAUGAGGGUCUCGCUGCAUUCAGGUGAUGUGGGACAGACCACAGCUGCCAACACUUGAAGCACUUGAACGCAGCACGAGAGCUCCUGAAUGCAGACUGGCGGUGUGGGGGUUGAAUGACAGAGGCUCCAAAAAGACAAACUGACUUCUUUUUUUUCUUUUUUUUUAAAAAGUGUUGAAAAGUACAAACAGCUGUAAUAAAAAAAAAAGGGUCCCUAAAUAAAACUUUGAAUAAAG